AUGGACAGGGUGGUGCGCUCCCGGGCCCUGCGCAGCGUGUCCUGCUCGCUGCUAGCCUGCCUGAUGCUCCUGGCUCAGGCCCAAGGUGAGGACGUGCAGAAAGCACAAGCUUCUUCACGGAACAAUUGCCCCACUGGUUCUAUGGCCUAUUCCUCCCACUGCUAUGCCUUGUUCACAGUACCCAAGACCUGGAUGGAUGCAAAUAUGGACUGCCAGAGACGACUCUCGGGACACCUCGUGUCUGUGCUCACUGGAUCCGAGGCAUCCUUCGUGGCUGCCCUGAUCAGGAACACUGUGUUUAGCCAAAGUUAUGUCUGGAUUGGACUCCAUGACCCCACAGAGGGUAUGCGGCCCAAUGCCGGUGGCUGGGAAUGGAGCAACCGUGAUAUCAUGAAUUACCUUGCCUGGGAGAGAACCCCCCCAACUAGCCCAGAAAGUGGCUACUGUGGAACUGUGUCAAGAAGCUCAAGUUUUAAGAAAUGGAAAGAUUACAACUGUGAAUUAAGCCUCCCUUAUGUCUGCAAGUUCAAGAACUAA